GCUGGGCAUCAGCUGAUUAAAAAGCAGACGUGUUAUUUUGCAAAGUGGAUGUAGCAUCAUGAGGAGAACAACACGAAUUGUUUUUGUAAAUUUCUUAAUUUUAAGUAUAUUUUGUAGUUAUAUUUUUGCAGAAAAUGAAGAGGAGUUGUCUUCGGAUCUGUAUGUUAUUGAGGGAAAGGUUUUUCCAUGGGAAAAUGCUGGAAGUACUAGGUGGCAACUAAUGACUCACGUAAUGGCCAACGGAGGGGAACAUUAUGGAUUUUUAAGAGAAGAUGGCACAUUUAUCAUAUCAAAUGUGCCUUCAGGAUCAUACGUAGUGGAAGUAGUUAAUCCUAAUUAUGUUUAUGAACCUGUAAGAGUAGAAAUCAAUUCCAAAGGUAAAUUCAGAGCAAGGAAAGUAAAUCUUAUUCAGACCUCGCAAGUUCUUCAAGUUCCAUAUCCAUUAAAAAUGAGACCAGUGCAGCCAUUCAAAUACUUCCAACUUAGAGAGCAAUGGAGAAUAACUGAUUUCCUAUUCAAUCCAAUGAUUCUCAUGAUGAUACUACCACUUUUGUUGGUUAUGGUAUUACCAAAAAUUAUGAACGAUCCAGAAACCAAAAAAGAAAUGGAACAACUGAACAAUUUGACAAAUUACAAUAUGCCAGAAAUGUCUGAAGUCAUUACACAAUACUUCUCUGGUGGGGAUAAGCAAAAAACCAAAGCAGUUAAAGCUGCAAAAAAGAGACAAUGAAAUUGAAUUGAUUUUCUGUUUGAUCUAGUUUACAAUUGAUAAUGGAAUUUGCACAGAUAAAAAGUGUAUCAACUUGUGAUUUUUACUUUGCAAAAUAAGACUUUGAUUCACUUUUCCAUUUUUCUACGACUCAUAAUUCAAAUAAGAGAAAAAGUAUUUAACAGUUACAAUAUUAAUAUAGCUAAAUGUACAUACAUUAAUAUACACACAUGCAUAUAAAAAACAUUGUAAAAGUGUUGUAGUAUAGUAUACUUUUGAUCUAUUAAUAAUGUAUAACUUAUGUGUAUUUAAAAACUGUUUUUGUAAAGCACAGUAACAGUACAAAGUUACCUCUAGAAGCUAAUAGAGUAGUAAGCUGUGAUUGUUAUCAUUGUUUAAUUCUAUAUCAUUUGAAUGGCAAAAAUAAAGGUUGCACUGCUUUGAGGUGAUUUCUUAGAUCAUAAUUUUCGUCUCUUGUAUUCAUUUUCUAGCAAUAUACAGCUUUUUAUUUGUUUUUAUAAAAACUUUGAAAUUUAAUUGUAAAUCGGGUUUAAUUAAUAAAAGAGUAAACGAAUAAUUUCAACAUAAUUGUAAAGCUUCAAUUUAAUAGUAAAAUCUAAUUACUGACAGCUCGCAUGCGACGUUAGAUAACCAAAAUGCUUGGUCUUUUCAAGAUCUUCCUACUGCUUAAGGAGCCAGCAACUGUACAAAGCGUAUUAAGUACUAAAAAAACCUAUAAUACGAAUCGAAAACAUUGUAAGGCUCACAAGAGAAGCUGCUAAAUGGCCAGGUAUAAAUUAUAUAGGUUGACAUAAAAAAAAACCCAGAAACACGAUAGUUUCUUUUCGAAAGUACUCGAUGCUCUGGAUUC